AACAUUCAUUAUUGACACAGCUCUAAUCAAUUCAAUCUGUGGAGAAGAAUCCUGGUAGUAUGGUAAUUCAACGACUUGCCGCGAAUAUCGCGUCAAAAUAGUAAGAUCUCCGCGGUAGCAAUGCAAUGCAAUGCAAUGCCACCAAUACCCAGAAAUAUCAGAUAUCUCACUCAGAAUCAGAACACACAACACAUUACACAGUACAUAACCUUGCCUACUCUACAAACUCUUCGAACCAGAAUUAUUCACUAUUUUCACCAAGUAAAAAGUUUCAAGCGGUGCGAGUGAGGUGUGGUUCUCAAUCUUCAUUCAUAUAAUCUCUCAUGUAUGGCUAGAUACUAAGUGAAUACCUAAAGCGGUUUUCUCCCAAAAAUUAUUUCGCUGCAUAAACAAACACUCCCCAACUUUUCUCCGCUGCAAAUAGAUAGGUAACGAACGCCUUCCCAUACUUUGGCUUUGGUUUCACGGCACCAUACUCUGAAAUGACUUUCAAAAGAUAUCCCCAAUUUAUUCUAGUGGGUGACUCCAUUGUUCAAUUCUCAAGUAAUUUGCGGGAUGGUUUCUCAUUUACUGCAGGUCUCGAAGAACGUGAGUUCGCUGGUGCAAAUCAUUCAGUCUUUUGCUAAUUCCCAUUAAGAUUGUUCUAGGCGACUGCAGGUUAUAAACCAUGGAUUAAGCGGGUACAAUACCGAUAAUGCUCUUGAGAUCCAGCAGCAUCUUGUUCCAGAUCCAGCUACUGCAAAAGUUUCCUACCUGGUAUGUCAACAAGUACCAUGCAGGACUCGUCCCAUUUAUAGUGGUGUAUUUGGAGCUCCGUCAUUCCGGGUUCCGGGGAUAACCUCAGAUUAGUUCUCUUCAUACUAACGGUGCUGCAAGCUCAUCCUUUUCGGUGCAAAUGAUGCGUGUCUCCCAGAAGCUCCCACAGGUCAACAUGUUCCAUUGGAAAAUUACAAGGAAAAUAUCGAAGCCCUUCUCGAUCAUUGGAGUUCCGUAGCCCAAAAUCCUACGAUAUUACUGGUGACACCACCGCCUAUCAAUGAGAUCCAGCUUGAGGGGCAAGACCUUCAGAAGGGUUACUCUUCUGCCACGCGCCUACAACAUAAUACAGCCAAAUAUGCUGCUGCAGUGAGAGAAAUCGCCGCUAAGUGGAAGGAUCGAAAUGUGGUAUUAGUCGAUCUUUGGAAAGCCAUGAUGCAUAGAGCCGUACAGAUGAGUCAAGAUGGCACCAUUGAUGUUGACAUGAUUGGUACCAAAUUUGCUGGAGACGAUAAAGCUAUGAGAAUGCUUCUCACCGACGGACUUCACCUCUCUAGCGAAGGAUACAAGAUAUUCUUAGACGAAGUGAUACCCUUGGUGGGAAAGGAAUGGAAUAAAGAGCCAGACGAUAACCCGAGCUGGGUAUUUCCACAUGUAAGUAUAAUUCUCCUUUUCCCGACAAAAGUCCCGGAGAACCUAAGAUAUUCUAAAUGGAUUCAUAUUCUCAGUGAGAUAAUGUGAACCUUACUAACAAACAUGAUCAUAGUGGACAGUAGCUCCUAAAUUUCGUCGUUGACGAGAAUAGAUACAUAUUGCCCAGAAAGCUAGUAAGUGAAUUAUUGGCUACGACGGAAGUAAAAUAUCAUAUCAUAUCCAUGCAAGGGCUGAUAAGAUGCCUAGGUAGGCACAAAGAGGGAAAGAAUGAGUAGAACCAUCCAUCUGUGUAGAUACUGGUUGGGGGUUGCAUCAGCGCUGAAGAUCUCUCUGAGAUCUGGUAGACCUCAGGUAGGAAAGGAAAAAAAACUGAUAAUAGUCAAAAUAAUUGCAGAAACGAUAAUGAAAAGACUGGUUUAAGGUUUCCAAG